AUGUCAGAGCAAGCCUUUUUUGUCCACGGCGCCGCAGUUGGAAUGUCCAAAGGCAGAGGGAUCAGGGGCGCUCGGCGGGACGAGCAGAUAAAGGCACCGCCGGCGGGUCGCGUGCUGGCGUGCCUCGCGGGCGCGCGCAAGGCCAGGUUCGACGGCCACAAGGUGUUCCGGCUGACCCCGGCCACGCAGCUCCAGGUGGACGCCCUCAGGGCCCUCGAGCGCGACCCUGGCGGGCUGGAGUUCUGGACGGGCGUGUCGCGCGCCAACGCCUCCGUGGACGUGAUGGCUGCGCCGGGCGCGGCGAAGGCCCUCGUGGGCUGCCUGCGGCGCCUGGGGGUCGCGCACUCGCUGCUCGUCCAGGACGUGCAGAGGUUGAUCGACAACGAGCAGCCCGAUGACGUCACCGGCGCCGCCGACUUCGGCUGGGACCGCUACCACCGCCUGGAGCAGAUCCACUCCUGGCUUAGAUCCCUCGUCACCGACUAUCCCGACACAGUGACCCUCCUGAACUUGGGGAAAUCAUACGAGGGUCGCGAUAUCCUCGGAGUGAAGGUGUCGUACAGAUCUGGCAACCCUGCCGUGUUCGUCGAGGCAGGCAUCCACGCGCGGGAGUGGAUCUCGCCCGCCGUGACCACCUACAUCCUGCACCAGCUGCUGUCCAGCAGCGACUCCGGGGUGCGAGCCGCCGCCGAGGCCUACGACUGGUACUUCUUCCCCAGCGUCAACCCGGAUGGCUACGAGUACAGCCACACCACGAACCGGAUGUGGCGCAAGACACGGAGCCGGGGGCGCCUGCUCUGCCACGGCGUGGACGGCAACAGGAACUGGGACUUCCGCUGGAGGGGCGGCGGCUCCAGCGGCUUCCCCUGCUCGGAGACGUACGACGGCACGGGGCCCUUUUCGGAGGUGGAGAUGAGGCUGGUGGGGGACUUCGUGGCCGGCAUCGCCUCCGCCGUCAAGAUCUACCUGUCCAUCCACAGCUACAGCCAGCUGCUGCUCUUCCCGUACGGCGUGGCUGGCCUGCGCGCUCACAACCACGACACGCUGAUGGACCUGGGCCAGAAGACUGCUGAAUCCAUCGCGAAACGAUAUGGAACCCAGUACAGAGUCGGAUCCACCGUUGAUGUUCUGUACGCGGCGAGCGGCGUGAGCCCCGACUGGGCGCACGGCGCGCUGGGGGUGCCGGUGGCCUUCACGGUGGAGCUGCGGGACACCGGCGCGCACGGCUUCCUGCUGCCCGCCGCGCAGAUCCUGCCCUCCGGCGAGGAGACCCUGGACGGCGUGGUGGCGCUCGUCACCGCGGCCCUCCCCACCUUCUAG